CCAGGAGAUACCUCGUGAGGCCCUCCGCAGGGAGCACUGGCACAGUGUCCUGGGAUCCUCCGAAGCUCUGAGUGCCGACGAGACCGAGGAGCCGUUUGGGUUUGCUUCUGGAGAUGGCAAGCUGAGCUGCAGUGAGGAUGACAAGGAACAUUUUCAAUUCAAAGACAUCAGGGAUGGGUUCAGCUCGACUUUUGAGAAGAUCGUUGAGUCUGACCUUAUGAAGGGAACAUACUACAGCAGCUUGGACUCUUUGGAUGUCCUCUCUCUCACAGACGAGACAGACAGCUGUGUCAGUUUUGAAGCCCCACUCACCCCAUUGAUCCAGCAAAGGGUCAAGGAAAGCCCAGAGCUCUCGGAGCAGAAACUGGUAGCCCAGCAGAGAGAAGCCCUUCACCACAUGGCUGCUGAUAAGCAAGAGCAGGCGGCAGCAGCAAAGCCAGUGGAGGGGGAUUUUGGGAGCCCUCUCAGGCACUCAAUUACCAGCAGCAGGUCGGAGAACGUGCUGAGCCGAUUGUCCUUGAAGAGUAUUCCAAAUGGGUUUCACGUGGAAGGGUCGGAGGAAGAUGCCACCAAGAUCAUUAACUCCAUCAGUGACGCCAGCUUGAAGGACGCGCUGUCAGACUCUGACUCCGACAUGGGCAGCACGGAGCAGCUUGACCAAGGCAGCACGGACACCUUGGCGAACGGCUGCAGGGCAGAUAGCGAGGCUGCCAAGAGGCUGGCCAAGCGCCUCUACAACCUCGAAGGGUUCAAGCGCUGUGAUGUGGCACGCCAGCUUGGGAAAAAUAACGAAUUUAGCAAGUUGGUAGCAGAGGAGUAUCUCAGCUUCUUUGACUUCACUGGCCUGACCCUUGACAAAGCACUCAGGACGUUCUUGAAAGCAUUCCCACUGAUGGGCGAGACGCAAGAGCGGGAGCGAGUGCUGAUUCAUUUCUCCCGGCGAUACUGCCAGUGCAACCCAGAAGAGAGCACAUCUGAAGAUGGGAUUCAUACUCUCACCUGUGCCCUGAUGCUGCUAAACACAGAUCUUCACGGCCAUAAUAUUGGCAAAAAGAUGUCGUGUCAACAGUUCAUAGCAAACCUGGAUGGGCUGAACGAUGGGAAGGACUUUGCAAAGGAUUUGCUGAAGACGCUAUAUAACUCCAUCAAGAAUGAGAAGCUGGAGUGGGCCAUUGAUGAGGACGAGUUGAGGAAAUCUCUCUCGGAGCUGGUAGAUGACAAAUUCGGAGCCAGUGCGAAGAAAGUGACAAGGAUUGUUGACAGCAGCAACCCCUUCCUGGACAUUCCCCAAGCGCUGAACGCAAUCACCUACAAGCACGGUGUCCUCACGCGUAAAACCCAUGCAGACAUGGAUGGGAAGAGAACUCCCAGAGGAAGAAGAGGUUGGAAGAAAUUUUAUGCUGUGCUUAAAGGGACCAUUCUUUAUUUACAAAAGGAUGAAUAUAAACCUGACAAAGACCUCUCUGAAGUGGAUCUGAAAAAUGCCAUCCGUGUGCACCACGCCUUAGCCACGAAAGCCUCUGACUACAGCAAGAAGUCCAAUGUGCUCAAGCUGAAGACAGCUGACUGGAGAGUCUUCCUCUUCCAGGCCCCAAGUAAGGAAGAAAUGCUCUCCUGGAUCCUGCGAAUCAACCUUGUUGCUGCUAUUUUCUCUGCCCCAGCCUUCCCAGCUGCAAUCUGCUCCAUGAAGAAGUUCUGCCGCCCACUCCUGCCUUCAUCCAUGACCAAGCUGUGCCAGGAGGAACAGCUGAGGUCUCAUGAAAAUAAAAUGAAGCAGAUUGCAGACGAAUUAGCAGAGCAUAAAUUACACCCCAUAGAGAAGAGCCUCAAGUCAAAAGAGGCUGAGGAAUACAGACUCAAAGAACAUUACCUAAUAUUUGAGAAGAGCCGCUAUGAGACAUACAUCAACCUACUGUGCAUGAAGAUAAAAGUUGGGACAGAUGACCUGGAGAGAAUUGAAACCAGUUUCUUCAAGGUGGAAGCUGACGACAUUGCUUUGCGGAAGACACAUUCAAGCCCUUCCUUGAGCCAAGGGCACACGUCCAUCAGUUGUAAGGCACAAAAAGACAUUUUAGAGCAGAACACUUAA